GUCUAACAACUUCACUUAAUUUUGCCGGAGCCGACUAGUUUCUCGAAUUUUCGGGAAAGAAAAAUCAAACUUUUAUUAAAUGAAUUUUUAGCUGAGUAAGCAUUCAAUCGUAUAUAUACUACCGUUCAGCUCGUGGGUUGUUUAACGUUGUGAAACAAGUAAAUUGGGACAAGUGUUUUCAAAGUAUUUCAGUGAAUAUAAAAUUCUAACAAGGAAAGCAAAAAAUGUCUGAUAAGGCUAAUGAGUUCAAAGAUAAGGGCAACAAAGCCCUGCAGGAUGGUAACUUAGAAGAUGCUAUUGCAUUUUAUUCAAAGGCUAUUGAGCUUGAUAGUUCGAAUUAUGUUUUCUACAGCAACAGAUCAGCAGCAUAUGCAAAAAAAGGUGAUUACAACAAUGCAUUGGCUGAUGCAAAGAAAACUGUGGAAAUCAAACCUGAUUGGGGAAAGGGUUACUCACGUCUAGGUGCUGCAUACAGUUACCUUGGACAAGAUAUGGAAGCAUAUGAAGCUUAUGAGAAAGGUCUUAAAUAUGAACCUGAUAAUGCACAAUUAAAAACAGCCAUGCAAGAACUAGAUAACAAAAUGAGUCGGCAGAAUAAUCCAUUUGCAGAUCCAAGCCUUGAAGCAAAGCUGGCAAUGAAUCCUAAAACAAGAGAGUAUUUAAAUGAUCCAUCUUUUCUGCAAAUGCUUCAAGUUUUAAAAUCUGAUCCAUCCAAAUUAAGCAUGUUUGCAAAAGACCAGAGAGUGAUGCAAGUACUAAGUGUUUUACUUGGAAUACAAAUGGAUUUUCCCCAACAGUCAGAAAACAAGCCAAAACCACAAGAAACUAAAGUAAAAACAGAAACUACCAAGCCUCCUGAAGAUAAACGUACAGACACUCAGCGCCAGGCAGAUAGUGAGAAAGAACUUGGUAAUGAUGCAUACAAGAAACGCGACUUUGUUACUGCUCACAUUCAUUACGACAAUGCUAUUAAUUUGGAACCUACUAAUAUUUUAUAUCUUAAUAACAAAGCUGCAGUUUUUUUUGAAGAAGAAAAAUAUGAAGAAUGCAUACAGUUAUGUUUGAAGGCUGUAGAUGUUGGAAGACAAAAUCGUGCUCCUUAUGCUCUAAUUGCUAAACCAUUAGCAAGAAUUGGUACUACCUAUCAAAAAAUGAAAGAUUAUUCGAAUGCUGUUAAGUAUUUUGAAAUGUCAUUAACAGAAGCUCAUAAUGAAGAAGUCAAGAAAAAGUUAACAAAUCUUAAAAAGAUUAUUAAAGAAGAAGAAGAAAAAAAAUAUCGUGAUCCAGUUAAAGCUGAAGAAGCCAGAGAACUAGGAAAUCAGUUAUUUAAAAAAGGUGAUUAUCCUGGAGCCCUUAAAGCUUACAGUGAAUCAGUGAAACGCAACCCUGAAGAUGCUAGAGUAUUUAGCAAUCGCGCUGCUUGUUACACUAAACUGGCUGAGUUUGGACUUGCGCUGAAAGAUGUAGAAACUUGUUUAGUUCUAGAUCCAAAGUUCAUUAAAGCAUACCUUCGCAAAGGCAAUAUUGCAUUGCUAAUGAAGGAAACAGCUAAAGCCAGAGAGGCAUACGAGAAGGCUUUAGAACUAGAUGAGAAUUGCCAGGAAGCUAAAGAUGGCAUAAUAUCUGUUAUGCGUCAAAACGCAACACUUACGCCUGAAGAACGGCGAAAGCAAGCAAUGGAAGAUCCUGAAGUACAAAAUAUUCUAAAAGAUCCUGCAAUGCGAAUGAUUUUAGAGCAGAUGCAGGAGAAUCCUCAAGCAGCUCAAGAGCAUUUACAGAAUCCUUUGAUUCGUGAAAAGAUAUCCAAACUUCUCGAGUCUGGAAUUAUACAAAUGCGUUAAUUAUUUCUCUUUUUUUCUCCUGUUUCCUAUUAAAUUGUAUCUACUACUUAAUAUUUCAAUUUUUACGUGAUUAUAAGAAUUAAAUAAUUAUGUACAUA